AUGACAAACAAGGAGGGACAAAAGAAAAAUGUCAGUAGUUCUCUGUGGUCAGACAUAGCAAAGUCAGAAGACAACGGUACCCCGUUCUCAAAUGUAAACGGAAAAAAAUCACGUCAAAAUAACAACAAUUGUGAGAAACAAAACAACUCAGGAGAAACCAGCAACAACCCAAUAAACAACAAACAAACUGGAGAAACCAGCAACAACCCAACAAACAAUAAACAAACUGGAAAAAAGACAGCUAUGAAAAUAAUCGGUAAAAAAGUUUCAAAUGAUUGCAAACUGAAGGCAGAUAAAAUCUUAAUGAAAAAAUCUGUGUUCUGUUUAAGCAAUGUCAGCAAGUGCCACAGAAAUGAUGUGAUGGCCUACCUAACCGACAAUGGUAUCCAUGUUGUUUCCUGUUAUCCCGUACUCAAACAAUUCAAUAAAAUGGCACCAGCUUCUACAGCCGACGUCAACAACAAUAAUAAUAGUCAAACUGAGAAUAAAAAAACAGAUGAAGAAGAAUCCAGUACGUUUAGAGUUUGCAUCGAUAGCUCUGAUUCUAAGAAAAUGAAAGACCCUGACAUAAUGCCCCAGCACAUUAUAGUACGCGAGUGGCAAUUCAAUAAGAAACCAGCAACAAUUGUCGAUCAAACAAAAAAAGAUGGAUAA